AUGUCUCUCAUUGCAUCUAAAAAAUACAGGGUGGAGCGAACUCCGGAGAUGCCCUGCUGGACAAGGAGGCAGUGGAGAAUGCUUGACAUCCUCCGCUGCGAUGGGUCAACAACCGAGGACUUAAUGGCCGAGGUCAUGCGCCUUAUGGUGGAGACGAACGAUGAAUUGCUCAAGAGGGAGGUCGACUACGAUACUCCUCGAGUAAAGAAAUCUACCGACCGUAUGAUCGAAGACUACGAGGGCGAAAAGCAGGCAACAUCACUGCUAAGAAGCAUCCCAAAGCCGAUAGUUGAGGCCAUGAUCGAGGGCACGAUUGGACAUCGCUACGCGACAGAUCCGGAAUUCGCCCGUCUGUUCAUGGUAAAAGACGGAUGCCCCGGUGUUUACUUGAACACAUUCGUGGUAAAGGGAACUGGCAAGGGGCUCAACUCGAAUCAGUGGUAUGAUCUAUACCAAAUGAUGAACCGGUAUCUCGAGGGCCAAGGUUGCGUUAUCGAUGAGAAUUCCACCUCGGACAUGAAGAAUAACGCAGACGAAGCGGCCAGAAUUGAGCAAGCUUAUUCGAACAAAAGCGUGGACUACUUCCGAGAGAUGACUAGAUCCGGCAAGAGAGCCUUCACCCAGCAGAGAAGAAACCAGGAUCUCAGAUUUUGCAGAUUGCUAUUAAAUAGGAUCUGCCAUGAUCUUGAUCGAAGUGGAGAAAUAUCGCAACUACAGUCGCCUACUCAAGUGGGCUGCUCUCAGAACCUAGCGUCAAGAAUGGGCCAAUACAGCCCAGCCUGCGGAAUGAGGAACACCCCACAACUCUGGGCACUUACAAUCAAGUGUCUUGCAGUAAUGAAAGUUGAAGUCGAGCAUAUUUCGGUGCCGAUUUUGAAGGUCUGGAGACAUGAUCACCUUCCCCUUGCAGAGACGCUUGUCACGGAGUUAGCCUCAUCAAUGGUCGAAUAUGGCGGACUGAAUCCGAUACAACCUGGGAACACAAACCUUAGAGAGGACAAUGAAAUCUUUGAGGCGCAACUGCAGGCGUUUGUCGAGAGCACAAACAUCACGGAUGAUCUGGAAGCUUCUGAGACCCAGGUAAAGUUGCGAAUGGAGCUGCUUAAAUCCAUAAAGGAGAUGCAGAGCUAUGAUCCCAAGAAGGAUAGGGACGAGAACGUCGAACGCAUUGAAAUCAUGCGAGAGCGCAAGGAAAACAUGAGCUUAGCGAUGAGAAAAGCGACCAAACAGCUCGACGAAGAUACGGAGAAUAUCUAUAAGGAUAUUGCGGAGAUGGUGGAAACCAUGGCAGAGCAGAAAGCACAGCUCGACUUUAGGCUCAAGACUAUAGAGUGGCUGAAAGAAGUCAAGGAGAAGGAAGAUUUGGCCAAGGGAAUCAAGGAUGCAUGA